AUGCCCGACACACGACAUGUUGGACGUUAUGAACUCUGUGGGGUGGUGGGCAAGGGCGGUUUUGGCGUCGUUGAGGAGUGCCGUGAUCUUCUUACAAACGAACAUGUUGCUAUCAAAACGAUCCCCGCACGUUUUGUAAAUCAAGAAAGCAAACGUCUCGUUCGUGAAAUUGACACAAUGUCUUUCCUCCACGAUGCUCACCCGCAUGUGAUUAGUUUUUUUAGCAUCUUUGUGACUCCGUCUUAUGGUGUUGACGGACGCUCUACUGCCGAGGAUGACACCUUUUCCAUUGGGCCAAUGGACGCAGGGCAAGUUCCGCAGCGCUUAGAUGUGAUGGGCCCAGAGUACGCCAACUUAGGUUGCGGUGCAGCACUUAUUAAGCAUCAGAAUGAACUUGAGGCAGAGGUGGCGAAGAUACAUGCUUCAGAUGAAUUUAACCUACAUAUUGUGAUGCCUCUCAUGAAAGGUGACCUGCUUUAUUUCAUUAAGCAUGCGUCCCCCUCAAGUCACAAAUUGGCGAUGACGGAUGAGUUCAUUGAGCAGGUGACUGUUGUUUUUGCAUUUCAAAUAUGUUUUGGACUCGAUUAUCUGCAUAAGUGUAACAUUGUGCAUCGAGACAUGAAGCCUGAAAAUAUUUUAGUUCGCUUACACAACACAAAUCCGUACGAAUCUACAGCUCUUAUAGCAGAUCUUGGGCUCGCACGUGAUGCCCAGGCGAGUGAUACUUUUUAUGUAUGCACUCGCUAUUAUAGGCCACCUGAAAUCAUUACUAACGUUUCACGUGGGGAAACGUCAAUAGAUGUGUGGUCAUUAGGGUGUAUAUUCUUUGAAAUGGUGACAGGGCGCGCACUCUUUACGGUUAAUUCAGCUUUAAAUGAACACGGUAUAUGGGAAGGCCAACGUGCUAGCACACAACUAGAGGUUAUACUCAAUAUAGUUGGAACCCCUACCCAGGAUGAGAUUCAACGCUUUAUGCCGCUCGGUAAUGCGCGAUUGUAUCUUUUGCGAAGUGUGCCGCGUCCUUCUAGGCUAGUGGAAAUGAUGAAGAACAACUGGCGUCUACACACAACGCAAGAUCGACAAGAAAAGUGGAUCGACUUGAUCUCUCGCUGUCUUGCCUUUUUUCCAGAACAACGUCCUAAAUGUGAGGAUCUGUGCCGUCACCAGCUUUUCCAGGAAUGCAAUGUUUUUUAUGGUGAAAAUGUGAAGCAACAUGAUGCAAGAGAGUAUCAGCCUAUGCAAGUUGGUACUUUGGUGGCUGAAAACAAGCAGAUUGUAUUACAUCUUGUUCAGAGUGCUCUACAGAAGUGCACACCGUAUAUUGAAGAGGAAGGCAGUACAGAUGAAAUUGAUUGGGGAGAAGAAGAUGGUUUUGCACUGUGUGGGGGCGAAGUGGGGCAUUUGAAUAAUGAUGUAGUCUCGCUAGAUGAUUCAAACGCAACGGGUACNCUUGUUCAGAGUGCUCUACAGAAGUGCACACCGUAUAUUGAAGAGGAAGGCAGUACAGAUGAAAUUGAUUGGGGAGAAGAAGAUGGCUUUGCACUGUGUGGGGGCGAAGUGGGGCAUUUGAAUAAUGAUGUAGUCUCGCUAGAUGAUUCAAACGCAACGGGUACUGUACUGAUGCACCCUUUAUCAAGCCACGAUGGCACACCCUCGGCCGUAACUGAUGACAAUGCAGCGCACCAGCGAUCAUUUCCUUUUGUUAGCGACCCUGAACUUCGGCGGCAGUACGCUGCUUGUAGUGGCGCCGGUGAAGCCCGUGAGGAAGCUGUUUCGAGACUGCUAAAUGAUCUUCAGUACCAUACACACGAUCCGGAACGAUCUGAGCAACUAAGA